AUGGGUGAUGAUGCACCUCGCAAGACGUUUGCGCCCAAGAUCCCGGGCAAGAAGAAGAAGAAGAAGAAGACAGUGGUAAAGGCCGAGCCUGAUGUGAGCUCCGCGCCAUCGUCAUCAUCGUCGUCCUCUAAGUCGCUGUCCAAGGCGCCCGUGAGCAUCAAGGCCCCGCGUGGGCGACAGGGGGGCGGGCGCGGCCGGGGACGCCGCCGCGAACAGUACACACACAAGGGCGAGGGCAUCUUCUCCCAUGGCUUCUCCACUGGCGAAGCAGCUUCAGCCAGCAGCAGCAGCAGGAGCAGAAGCAUGCGCGCUGGACCGCCCAGCAUACGAGCAGCUCGGGGACGCACCGUGUCCUCAAUAGUCACAUCCCACAACCACGAAGCAGAACUGGACAUCACGAAAGAGGAGCGACCGCAUGAAGGCUCGUGGUACCUGUCCACUGAACCCCAAGACAGACCAACCUUCUUGCCUCUUGGAACCACCACUGUUGAUGAUGACAAGGACUACAGUGCACCGAUUGAACCAGCUGAUGAGAAGCCCGGCCCUGCCACGCUUAGCCUCUCCGACACAG